AUGGACGGUGACCCGGCUGUAGAGCCAGAAUUGGACUCUUUCAGUCUUACGCUUCCGCUACCUUAUAGGGUUGCGUUGAUUAUAGUAUUAGGAGUUUGGGCAUGGGGCGCAAAUCUCCAUUAUCUCUCGCUCGUUAAAAUCGACGUCCCCUCCCUCCUGCAAUACCCAGCGCGACCCUCCCCACGAACAGACACCCCACACCACCUCUCAACCUACCGCCUAGCUACCCUCCUCAGCAUCCCCCUCGCCAUCUCGCUGCUCCUCUUCUGGGCCCUCUCGCACCGCAACCCAACCCUAGUAAUCUACUACGACUUCCUCCCAAUAUCCUACCUCUGCCUCAUCCCCGCCAUCUUCCUCCUCCCCCUGCGCCGCUUCUCCUCCAGCGGGCGAAAGCGCUUCCUCACCACCCUGCGCCGCGUCAGCAUAGGCGGAAUCGCACUCGCGCACGAAGGGAAAUUCGGCGACAUCCUACUGGCAGAUGUGCUCACAUCGUACGCGAAAGUAAUCGCAGAUCUCUUCGUCGCGCUCUGCAUGUUCUUCUCCUCCAACGGCUCCGCGACCAAACGUCCAGACCGCGGCUGCGGCGGCCAAUACAUCGUGCCGAUCGUCAUCGCCAUCCCGUCACUCAUCCGAUUCCGGCAAUGCAUGAUCGAGUACCUGCGUGUGCGCGCCAGCAAUGCGCGGAGUGGGGGCCAAGGCGCAGGAGGAUGGGGCGGACAGCAUCUGGCCAACGCGUUGAAGUAUUUCAGUGCCUUUCCCGUGAUCAUCCUCUCGGCGCUGCAGAGACAUCUAAGCGUCAAUCACGAGAACAUCGGCCUGACAGAAACAGCCGUAUAUCGCUUCUGGGUCCUCGCCGUGGUCGUGAACAGCUUCUACAGCUUCUACUGGGACGUAGCGAAAGACUGGGACCUGACGCUCUUCUCCGCGCACCGCGCCAGCGCCUCGCACCCCUUCGGCCUGCGCGCACGCCUGUACUUCCCCAGCACGCAGCUCUACUACGCCGUCAUCGUCACGGACCUCCUGCUGCGCUGCACGUGGAGCUUGAAGCUAAGCCCGCACCUAGACCACUUUGCCGAUUUCGAGAGCGGCAUCUUCCUCAUGGAGUUCCUGGAGGUCGGCAGGCGGUGGAUGUGGAUCUUCUUCCGCGUCGAAACGGAGUGGGUGCGGAAUACGGGCAUGGGCAGUGGUGGCCUGGGAGCCCCGGGUCAGGAUGAUGUGCUUCUGGGGGAUUACGGGAGUGGGAAAGAGGACGAUGAGUGA